AUGUCUGAGGUAAGACGUAGGCAGCUACAGUCUACAGAAUCACUUAAUUCUGUUAUGGUCGAUAUUUCUAACAUAAGAGGAGAUGAAUGGAACAUCGCUCUUCUUCUGUUGCUUUAUCUCCUCCAAGGGAUUCCUCUUGGACUGGCCGCAGCCUUGCCGAUGAUCCUGCAAAACCGAGGUGCUUCCUUUAAACAACAGGCUGCAUUUAGUUUUGCCACAUGGCCUUUUAGUCUUAAACUUUUUUGGGCCCCGAUUGUGGAUUCCGUUUAUUUGGCACGAUUCGGAAGACGGAAAACAUGGUUGGUCCCUAUUCAGCUUGCGAUAGGUUGCUUUCUAAUAUUUUUAUCAUACAAUCUGGAAGCUUGGCUUGGUAUUGAAGGCACAGACGAGCCACAAGUUGUAUUAUUGUCUAUUAUAUUUUUCUUAUUGAAUUUCCUCGUUGCAACUCAAGAUAUUGUUGUUGAUGGUUGGGCUCUGACAUUAUUAAGAAGGGAGAAUAUAGAAUAUGCCUCUACAUGUAAUAGUGCGGGGCAAAUCGCUGGCUACUUUUUUGGAUAUGUCAUAUUUAUGGCUUUGGAAUGCCCUGAAUUCUGUAAUACUUACAUUAGAAAUGAACCGAAACCCGAAGGCAUAAUUACAAUGCCAGGUUUCUUCUACUUCUGGGGUGUAGUGUACCUGGUCGUAACUGCCCUGGUUGCUUUCAUAAAACGAGAGGCCCAGGAGUACUCUUCUAAUACGCCAACGAUGGCAACGAUAGUUCACAGCUAUAGGCAGCUCUUACAGAUAUUGAAGCUGCCUUCUAUUCAACUCCUCUCUCUGGUUCUUCUCACUUCUAAGGUAGGAUUUGCAGCUUGUGAUAGCGUCACCGGGCUCAAGUUGACCGAAGGCGGUGUCCCCAAAGAGAGCUUAGCCUUGCUGGCGGUUCCUCUUCUUCCGCUCCAAAUAAUCCUGCCUCUUGUCGUCUCCAAGAUUUCAUCUAGGCGUCGCCCAUUGAACUUACUACUUAAAGUUUUUCCAUACCGACUGGUGUUCAAUAUCAUUGCUGCCGUCUUUGUCUUCAUUACACCAGCCAUCUUGGUUGGAAGUAGCAUGCCUUCUUAUUACGUCGCCAUAUUGCUUGUUCUGCUUGCUCUUCAACAGGUGACCGUAACUACGAUGUUCGUUCAAUGGAUGGCUUUUUUUGCGGUGAUAUCUGAUCCAGUCGUUGGAGGGACUUACAUGACCCUGUUGAACACUCUUAACAAUCUCGGCGGCACAUGGACGACCACCACUGCCCUUGCCCUGGUUGAUUUUACUACUGUCAAAUCAUGUUCAAACUCUACUCUGAAUAAUGAUUGUAGCUCUCAGUUGUUGAAAAUGGAAUGCGAGAAAGCUGGAGGCAAUUGUGAAGUACAGCUAGAUGGUUAUUACAUUGAGACAGCGUUACUUACGAUUGUAGGAUUCAUUUGGUUCAAGUUCUGGGGCCAAAAGAUCCUCUUGAGCCUCCAAUCAAGGCCGAUGGACGCCUGGAAAGUGCGGUCUAGGUAG